AUGGCAAACAACCGUCGGCAUGGUCCGAUAUCUGUUGAAGAGCUCAAUACAACACUGUAUGGAAUACUGCGAUUAGUACAAGCCGAAUACUUCGGAUCGGAGCUCAGUGCACUUCAAGGGGGAAGGCCAAUCCCACCUCGAUCUAAACUCCGAUACCUCUGUCCAGCUUUUCAAGACGGUCUAAUUCGCGUUGGUGGCCGGCUCGAGCACGCUGCCGUCGUCAAUGAUACCAGAAAACCUUUCGUACUCCCGAGAAAGCACCCCCUCACGUGGCUGAUCGCCACCUCGAUCCAUCGUCAACAGCUACACUGUGGUCCGCAGUUGUUGCUGUCCAUUAUUCGCCAACAGUUCUGGCCAUUAGGCGGCCGAGACCUUACACGCGAAGUAGUACACAAGUGCGUUAUCUGCGUGAAGACGCGUCCUCGAAAUCUCGUACAGCUAAUGGGGUCGCUGCCAGCGGUUCGCGUGACUCAAUCAUACACCUUUGAAAAUGUUGGCAUCGACUUUGCUGGACCGUUCUAUCUGCAGCGACCAAGUCCCCGCUCUUCACCUAAGAAAAGCUAUGUGGCCGUUUUUGUAUGCAUGGCCACAAAGGCAUCACAUCUCGAGCUUGUCUGCGAGCUCACGACAGCAGCAUUCAUUGCAAGCCUUCGACGCUUCAUAGCGAGGCGCGGUCGUCCACAACACAUCUAUUGUGAUAACGCCACGAAUUUUGUGGGCGCCGGACGAGAAAUACGCAACCUAUUUCGCUCUCAGCAGCAUCGUCACUCAGUGUCCAACGAGACUUCCUCCCAGUCGAUACAAUUCCACUUUAUACCGGCCAAAUCUCCCAACUUUGGUGGUCUGUGGGAGGCUUGCGUAAAGUCAAUGAAGCAUCAUCUUCGUCGAGUCAUCGGAAGCGCAAACUUGCCACGUGACGCUUUUUGUACCGUUCUCGCUCAGGUGGAAGCAUGCCUGAAUUCACGGCCCAUCACUCCACUGUCCAGUGACCCAAACGACUUGCAAGCCCUAACGCCUGGGCAUUUCCUAAUCGGGCGGGCCUUGAAUGACCUCCCGAAUCCCAACUACACUGUUAUUCCCGAAAAUCGACUUCGUCUUUGGGAACGUGUUCAACGCCACACUCAACAAUUCUGGAAAAGGUGGCACCAAGAGUAUCUCACAACCCUUCAGCAACGAUACAAGUGGUCAACUGUUAACCGCAAUUUAAUUGUCGGGGCUAUGGUCAUGAUCCAGGAAGAAUCCCUCCCAGUCCUUAAAUGGUCUCUGGGGCGAGUGGUCGAUAUUCAUCCGGGCGCAGAUGGGAUGGUGCGUGUAGCCACGGUGAAGUUGCCAUCCGGAACUUUCACAAAGCGCUCCAUUUCCAGGCUGUGUAUCCUACCAGUCGAGAUAGAUCCAGCGAUUCUUCAAGGUUCAAGUCAAAGUCCCAGGGCUGGUACCUCGACACAUUCCACAGGGUCAUCUGGCGAUCCUGGUCACCUCAGUGCCUCUGCUGGUGCAGCUGGCCCAACCCAUGAAGACGUUUCAAGUGAAGAUGAUUAA